AUUUCUCAGAAUGAAAUUCAUUUUAGUCUUGGCUUGUUUAGCACUCUACUUGGCCCAUAUACAGGCUGAGAUUUGUAAAGGACGUCCCAAUCGCCAGGACUGUAAUGGUGGAAGACAUUCGGGACAUUCACCACAUGGCUGCAGAAGCAAUUCCAACUACAAUAUGUGGUACUGGAAUGGGCGUGAAUGCCUAUCGAUGCCCUAUCAUGGAUGUGGCGGCAACAAUAAUCGCUAUUGUACCAAGAGUCAUUGUGAGGAUAAUUGCCAUCGGCGGGGUUAAAAUUCAACUGUAAAGAGAACAUUUAAAUAAAU